CCUUUUCUUUCCGCUUUCAGACACUUAAGUUGACCAACUCACUGCAAGAGUAUCUGACGGUGUCUGAAGAAUGGCUUCUGCCUCACACAGCCACAGAGAUCCGGACGGACUGUACACGUUCUCCAGCCGCCCCAGACCUGUUGAGAGCAGCUCCAGAUACAAAGAGCCUCCGUCUGAGCUGAGGCAGCAUAAUUAUGGAAACAUCAUGUAUGAUCGUCGUGUUGUCAGAGGAAAUACCUACGCCCAACAUAUCCCACUGACUACAGCUCAACCAAACCUUGCUGAGAUACAAAGACAACAGGUGAACAAGAGGAGAGCCACUGCUCAAAAACGGGCCUGGAAGCAGUUGAGACUCAGGACUCCUGAGGCCCUGCAGGGCAGAAAACACAUAGACGUACAAACAGAGCUUUACCUUGAAGAAUUGAGUGAUGAUAUUGUAGCUACACACAAUGAGUGUCAGACUGAUGCUUUCCUGGACAAACCAGCAACUCCGCUCUUCAUACCUGCCAAAUCUGGCAAGGACGUUGCCACACAGAUAGAGGAAGGCGAGUUGUUUGACUUUGACAGAGAGGUGCAGCCAGUGUUGGAGGUCUUAGUGGGUAAGACAGUGGAACAGGCUCUGCUGGAGGUGAUGGAAGAGGAGGAGCUGUCCUGCCUGAGAGCCCAGCAGAGGGCCUUUGAAGAGCUCCGAAAUAAUGAGCUGGCAGAGGUGCAGCGACUUCAGGAGCAGGAGAGACGCCACAGUGAGGAGAAAGAGCGUAGAGUUGCACAGCAGAAAGAGGUGUUAAAAAAAGAAAGAGAGACUGCAGAGAAGAUUGCUGCCCGUGUGUAUGCCCAGCAGUACAUGGCUGACCUCCUACCUGCAGUCUUUACCUCACUGAGACGCCACGGCUACUUUUAUGACCCUGUGGAGAAAGAUGUUGAGAUGAAUUUCUUGCCAUGGCUCAUGGAUGAGGUUAACAACAGUCUGGAGAAGAGAUACACAGCAAGAGAGAUGCUGGAUACCAUAAUCCAUGAUGUCAUGGAGAAAAAACUUGAGGAGUUUGAAGAGUUGGAGACACAGUCAGCCAGAGACUGACAGUUCUUUCAUUGACUAAACCACCGUGACGUGUCCUUGUGUUUGUCUGUUUUGAUUGCUGCAGUGACAUACGACAUGUUUCAAAUGAUUAGCAGAGAAUUCAGAUGAGGUUUCAUAUUAUUUAUUUUUUGGAAUUAAUUGUAAUGCAUUGUGUAUCACAGACUUGUAUACAUUAUAAAGAGAUUCUGCAACUUCUCCAAAAAGUUGUUAGAGUCUUCAGUGCCUGAAGUAAA